UCGACUGAUUGGCCGAGCCGCGAGUGCGGCCCCGCGCGACUGGGCGGCGCGGCGAUGGCCCGCCCGCCUACCGGCGCGCUUAUAUGAAUGAGGACCAGCCUUGCGGGGACAUUAUCGUCGCAUCUGUCAACACUUUUGCUUCGUCUUUGGCGUUCUACACAGCUCUUACAGAAAUGGACUUUGCACCACUUUUCCGCUUUGAGCACAGUGGGGAGCUCACCCUGCGCCCCUCACUCGAGGCACUGGCCACCCAGAGAGCCCUCGUGGGCCAGACUGGGACGACCCCGAGCCAGGCCAAGGAUCCAGCGGCAGUAUUGACGGAGGCCAGGAGCAGAGUGGCGGCUCAAGGAGGAGACCCCCGGGACCAGCGGCUGGUGGCAAGCGAGUGUGCUAUCCAGUUUGGCCAGUACCGGGGGAAAACCUUCAAGUGGCUCCUGUCCAAUGACGUUGGAUAUUCUGCCAUGGUCCUGGCUGAGCAUCAGGCGGAGAAGGAAUCCGGCAACCUGAGCGACACUGCAGCGGCGAGCGGUGUCACGCGCAACAAGGAUGUGUUCCUCAGGUAUGCCAGCUCCUUCCCCCAGAUGAGCGAGGUCAUCAGACGGCGUCGGCACCUGGAGGCUCCGUCACACAAGACUCUUGUGGGAUUCGGCGCACACAAGAAUUGCACCUAUAAGGAGCUGUACGAGUCCAAGGACAGGGAGAGGAGGAGCUAUGUCCGGUGGGUUAGGGGGCAGUCGAGCAAGCCAGGGACCAGAAUGGAUGUACUGAAGAAGUACAUCCAGAUGAGGGAUGCACAGCAGGCACCGCCCAGCUCUGCGCCCUCCGAGGUCCCCCUUGUCGUUCCGGGCUCCUCUAAGGAGAUGCCCACCACAGCUCCUGAGUCCUCAGACGCCGAGCUCCUGACCUGCGCAGUGGAGCAUGAGACGUCAGGUGAGUCUAAAUGUAUUUUUGAAUAAAUGAGAUUAUUGUGAAUUGCGCACAAAUCUGUCAAAUGAUACAAAAACUAUGAACUCUAUAU